AGCAAAAGCGAUGAUCGGUUCACUGGCUGCGAAACAAUUCAAACCUUCACUGCUCUGACAGUGCCCGUUGGUUCUUGCGCCGAGCCGUACUAAAUAUACAGAAUUCUAUUAAAAACAUUUGCAUAUUAUUUUUGACAUCAGAUCCACUGCUUUAUCAGCCCUCUUGACUGCAUAGUUAUCUCUUUUCUUAGUUCUUUCCCUUGCGACAGACAACGUCAAAUACGUUAUCCUCGGCCUAUAGAACAGGCUUAACUUAAGAAUACUCGACGUCUCGACUCGCCUUUUAAAUAUGGCUACCACUGGAGAUAUCCCAGAGGAGUAUCUGAACACGCAAGACAAACCCGGCGACGAUGAGGAAGAGAUCGAAGCGAUGAAGCGACGGGUCGCCGAAAUGGAAUCUGAGGCCGCCAAACUGCGCGAAAUGCAAGCGUCGCUAGACAAGCAAUCGGAAAACCUUCGUGAAGAUAAAGAAGACAUCGAUGCGCGAAGUAUCUUUGUGGGGAACGUCGACUACGGUGCUUCGCCGGAGGAGAUUCAGGCUCAUUUCCAGAGUUGCGGGUCGAUAAACCGGGUGACAAUCUUGCUGGAUAAAUUUACGGGACAUCCGAAGGGGUAUGCGUAUGUCGAAUUCAGUGAGCCUAGCCUGGUGGCGCAGGCAUUGGUUUUGAACGAGAGCUUGUUCCGCGGCAGAAAUCUCAAGGUUGUCCCAAAACGCACAAACCUGCCUGGUAUGAGCCGUGGCCGUGGGCGCGGCGGCUUCCGAGGCGGUCGUGGAUAUGGAGGUGGUUAUGGCGGCGGCCGUGGAGGCUACUAUCAUCCUCGCGGGUCCUAUCGGGGUGGCGGCUAUCGCGGCCGUGGCCGGGGCUACGCUCCCUAUUAGAAAUUAGACUUUGGGGCCAUUUAAACUCGGGAUGAUUCCCGCUUUUGCCUAUCUAAUUGGGAAUAUGGACGGGCCAGGGCGUCUACGCUUUCUAACCUGGCGGAAAAGAGGGUAACUUGGGAGUUGGGGCAAAUCCGUGUGUGUAUGAUACGUCACGACACUUCAUCAAAGGGGAGAAAGGACCAAGAUUCAAGAGCAGAUACGAUGGGUAGCAGUUGAUUUUCGAUGCCAAUUGUUUUUCGACUUCUGCUGGACUCUGUGUGGGAGAGUUUGUUUUGAGGUUUCUUAUGACUUUGUGUGUUUGAAUCAGCUUUCUCCCUGCGAUCUCCUUCGGUUUAAAAAGCAAGAUCAUGAUAUGUUAGCUCACGGGCGACCAGCUGACAGGUAGACUGUUCCAUUGUUAUGUUUGUUAAAUAUCGCGCACGGGCAGGGCU